UUUCAACCACGCCCUUCUGAAUGGCGUCUGUUGAUUCUACUUUUGCCCCUCAAUGGAAGUACGAUGUCUUCUUGAGUUUUAGAGGAGAAGACACUGGUAAAACUUUUACCGAUCAUCUCUAUACAGCUUUGGAUGAGAAUGGAUUUUAUGCCUUCAGAGACGAUGGAAAACAUGAGAAAGGGGAAGAAAUUGCGCCAGAAUUCUUGACAGCUAUUGAAGAAUCAAAGAUUUCCAUCCUUGUAUUUUCGAAGAACUAUGCUUCUUCGAGGUGGUGUUUAGAUGAGCUGGAAACCAUAAUUAAGUCUAUGAAAAAACCGGGUCGAAUGGUUAUGCCGGUGUUCUACCAUGUUGAUGCAUCAGAAGUGCGAGAUCAGAUCGGAAGUUGUGAAGUAUUUUUGAGUCAUGAAAGAGACGCCGAGGAGACGAAGGAGAAGGUGAAUAGAUGGAGGGCCGCCCUGAGGGAAGCAUCCAAUCUAGUGGGAUGGCCUCUUCACAAUCACAGGGGACAGAAGAAAUUCAAAAGAUACAGUUCAGCAGUAUAG